UGCACUGCUUUCACGUGAUUUCCUCGUGCUGUGACGUCAUGGACAAAACACUACUACAGUUGCCGAUGCGCUGACAAAUGUAAUACCCAAUACUCGAGUCCUGGAUCAAGCUUAUUUAACUCCCUGUAGAGAAAAGAGAUGGCUGUCGACAUGAAAAAGCUCACUGGACUUGUGGCAGCUACAUUCACACCUCUCACUGUAGACGGGGAGAUUAAUCUCUCUGUGAUUGAGCCAUACAUUGAUUAUCUUACAAACAAACAGGGUGUCACGAAGGUGUUUGUAAAUGGCACAACAGGUGAAGGUUGUUCUCUUACUGUGGAUGAAAGAAAGCGUCUUGCUGCAGAAUGGUGCCUGAAGGGCAAGGGCAAACUGGAGCAGGUGAUAGUUCAUGUUGGCUGUAUGUGUAUAAAAGACUCUCAAGAAUUGGCUCAGCAUGCUGCCAGUAUAGGGGCGGAUGGAAUAGCAGUAAUCUCCCCUUCCUUCUUCAAACCCACUAAUGCAGAGGCAUUGAGGAUGUUUCUAAAGGAAGUGGGAGCCUCUGCUCCAAAUCUUCCGUUGUAUUAUUAUCAUAUUCCAAGUAUGACUGGAGUCUCCUUGGAGGUGGCUGAUGUGCUUCAAGGCAUUGAGAAGAUGAUCCCAUCAUUUAAGGGAGUGAAAUACAGUGGGAUAGACCUGAGGGAUCUCGGACAAUGCGUCUCUUACAGCCAGUCCCACAACUGGUCUGUCCUGUAUGGAGUAGAUGAACAACUCUUGGGAGCUUUGGUGGUAGGUGUUCAUGGAGCUGUAGGGAGCACAUAUAACUACAUUGGAUGCAUAGUGAACCAAAUGCUUUCUGCUUUUGAUACGGGUAACACCACACAGGCCAGAGACCUUCAGUUUAAAUCUAUGGAGUUUAUCACAUAUGCUAGAAGCCUUGGUUUUGAUGUGGCUGUGAAUAAGCAGGUGAUGAGUGUACUGUCAGGUUUAGCGCUGGGUCCUCCACGUCUCCCACUGCUACCCUGCUCCGCCUCAAAGUCCCAGGAUAUAGCACAGAAGAUAAAGAGUAUCUUUUUUAAAAAUUAAUUUAGAUUAGUUAGAGAAUCUCACCACACUGUUUUUAAAAAGUCAUGAAACACCAAGAUAUUAUCUGAGAUUUUAACAGAGGUGCUUUAGCGGCACAUCACAGAAGACAGGGUUAGCAUUCAUUUUGUAUAAUUGUAGAAGAUAACAUUUUGUAGAUAUAAAAUCCACAUUGCGUCAAUGUCACAGGUUGUGACGUGGGUAAAAAUGAAGUACAGGUUAGCGUAUCGGUGUUUCAUAAUUAUUCACCAGAUAGCGUGUCCUUAAACAAUGAGGAGAAUUGUUUUCAAAGAAUGAAUCUAAACAGUGUUUGGCACCCUUGAAGAAACACCAGGGGUCUUUCCAAACAAAAAGAUAAUUAUGUUGUUUUAUACGGUUUCUGUCACCAAAUGUGUUUCAAACUAUUUUUACUUUAAGAGCUAUUCAGAUUUAAAUUUCCCCCGACUGUAAGAUCACGGAGUAGUUGAGAGAGGCGUUCAUAAGCUACUAGUCUUAGUUUCCCAUGGUUUAAAAACUUGAGGAUGUUGCAUGGCUUUUCCCAAGAUUUUGGUGUACAAAAGAAACUUGUGCAGUGUGUAAACCUCACCAUGCAAGCUCAGAUGCUAAAGAGCAUGGCAUUAAGCGUUUUUGUCACAUCCUUGACACUCCUGAAUGGAUUAAUCUAAUAUUCAACAGGGCAUUCAGUUACCUCUAAAGGGAAAUUAUGGUAUUCAACAAAUUUUUCAGACUUUAUGUCUGAUAUUUGGUGAGAACUCCAGCAUGAGUUGCUUUGCACUGCCCGAUUUCAUCCCUUCUUCUCGCAGAUAUUCACACCCAUAAGUCAAAUAGUUUUUUAUGAUUCUAAGGUAGACUUCAUGACCUUUAAUGUGUUUUUACACUAUCUUACUAUACUGCAUCUUUUAUACUUGUAUAGUACUUGUGCUUAAUAUACUGUAUCUUUUUAAUGUUUCUAUAACCAUGGAAAAAACAAAUGUAUGAAGUAACAUUUUCUAUCUGUACUUUCUGAAUAUUAUGGUAUUGUAUUUCACUUCCUUUGGUCAAACAUAACAAUCAUAACAGUUUGAGCGGCUGUGAUCAGUUUCACAGCUCCUGCUGUGUCACCAUUGCUUCCUUGCGCAAGACACUUAGCAAACUUAUUUUUGUGUUUCAAAUGACAUUCCUCACUACAAAUGUAUUGUUUUUGAGGUGUAAUGUAGGUACUGUAUGACAUGCAGAACAGAAUCAAUGUAUUAAUAUUCUGUACUGUUUUUACUAGACCAUAAAUGUUAUGUAAAACAUACGAACCACUACAUUCAUUAUUUGCACAUGUAAACCGUUUUUAGAAUAACACUUAAGAAAUUUUUAUUUUCUGCCUUUUUUAUUUCAAUGAUUUUUUUAGCAAUCAAUAAAAGACAUAAAAUGAAAGUUA